ACAGAGAUGUAGAGGGGCGCUGUCAAGAAGGGAAGAAGGCGCGGUGUGUCUCAUUCUCCUUAUAAACGCCGCGCCGGUACUCUUGCACUGUCGGAUCUGGAGCUCCCGUAACCCGAAGAAGUGAGGGGAACCGCAGAUCGGAGUCCGACUUCUCUUGAUUUGUGUUUUGGCACUUCUCAUCUUUCCCAUUUUCUCGUGAACUUCACGGAGACGCACAACAUACGCUCGCCAAUUGGGAAUCUACAGCAGCCGUCUGUUUACAACAAAGUACUGGAGAGAUCGGGCUUCAACGAACUCUAGAAGCACUCUUUCAACCAGUCUGAUUUUCUUUUUCUAUAUAAAAAAAGACCUCGUAUACUGUAAGUUAAGCUUUUUAUUUAUGUAAUUCAUCUAACGGUUUUUGCACUGUAGACUUUUUGACGGAGUCAACGACUGCACUCUUUUUUUUUUUCUUUUUCUUCUCAUACUUAAGUCCAGACUCCGAGACAUCGAGAUGCUGCUUUUACUAUAUACAUUAUCCCCACCGGAAUGUUUUUAAUGCGACCACCCGCUUCUUUUCAGGAGCUACGCCGCCGAUCGCAUGACCUCUCGUAGUUUGGAGCGCCCCGCGAGUGUCUGCUGCGCGAUCGUCCCUGUCAGCCCCUGCGCAGCGGACACUAACAAGUUUAUUUACUAUGACAGGGCACUGCUGUGCUCCCCAUCUGUAAGCACCUCGGACUGGGAGGUUGCUAAGUGACAUAUCCCGUACUUGGCGACCGCAAAAGAGAAGAAGUGAGGCGGCGACGGCGACGGCGGUAGCUGCAGCAGCAGCAGCAUCUGCUUUUCCGAAUCAUGGCUCUGGGCUUUGCGGGGCACUCGGCUCUGCUCUUCUCUGCUGUGAUGGUGGGAGCCGCGUUCUCCGGAUCCUUCAACUCUUCUUACGGGGAUGAGAUGACGCUGCGCUCCUCACAUGGCGGCGGCGGCAGCGGCGGCUCAGCCACGGACUUGCACCCACAUUUGUAUUUCGGCUGGUCGGAGGUGGCAGGCUUGCGUCAGAAAGCGAGCGCCUCUCACGCGCAGCUCUUCAAAGUUAUCCGCGGCGCGGUGAUGACCAUGCUGUCCAACUCACCUUUCUACCUGCCGCCGGUUAAAUAUGAAGACUUCGCCUCCAAGUGGAAUGAGAUCUACGGCAAUAACCUGCCAGUCUUGGCUUUCUACUGCGUGCUGUGCCCCGAGGACACAGCUGCUUUGGACUUGGCUGUGAAAUACAUGGACAGGAUGGAAGCCUACCCGGACUGGAUGGUGGCAAGCGCCCCCACUGACGAAGUGCCCAUGGCUCAUUCUUUAACAGGCUUUGCCACCGCUUUGGACUUUCUGUACCCUUCCCUGGAUGCCAGUCGGAGAGAAAGGUACCUGAAGAAAGUCAGGGAGGUCUCCCUGGAGUUGUUUAAGGUGUCCAAAUACAGAGGCUGGGGCAAGCAGUUUUUACACAAUCACCAGACCACUAAUGUGGUAGCCCUCCUGAUUGGUGCCUUAGUGGCCGGAAUGCACAAUGACCCGGAGACGAUGACUUGGAAGCAAGUUGCUGUCAAUUACAUGGAGAAAACCAUGUUCCUGCUCAACCACAUCGUGGAUGGGACUUUGGAUGAAGGGGUGGCUUACGGCAGCUACACCUCCAAAUCCAUCACACAGUAUGUCUUUCUUGCACUGCGUCACUUUAAUAUCGACAAUACUCAAAACCACUGGCUCAAAAGACACUUUUAUUUUUAUUAUGCAACUGUGCUGCCUGGAUUUCAAAGGACUGUUGGCAUCGCUGACUCCAAUUACAAUUGGUUCUAUGGCCCGGAGAGCCAGUUGGUGUUUCUGGACACUUUUGUUCUGAAGAAUGGCACUGGCAACUGGCUGGCACAGCAGAUUAGAAAACAUAGACCAAAGGACGGCCCCAUGGGGCAAUCCACAUCCCAAAAGUGGACGACACUCCACACUGAGUAUAUUUGGUACAAUGCCCAGCUGAGUCCCCAAGCACCAGAGGGCUAUGGGGUGCAGAAAAUGCAUAUUUUUUCCAACUGGGGAGUUAUAACUUACGGCGCUGGAAUGCCAGAUAAUCAAGGAAACACCUUUGUGUCUUUUAAGUCUGGCAAGCUGGGCGGCCGUGCCGCCUACGAUAUUGUUCACGUCAAGCCAUACUCGUGGAUCGAUGACUGGAAUGACUUUAAUGCAGGGCAUGAGCACCCAGACCAGAACUCUUUUACUUUCGCCCCAAACGGACAGGUUUUUGUGUCAGAAGCUCUGUACGGACCAAAAUAUAGCUAUUUAAAUAACGUUUUAGUGUUUGCACCCUCGCCUACAAGUCAUUGCAACGAGCCGUGGGAGGGACAGCUCGGCGAGUGCGAAAAGUGGUUACGAUGGACCGACGAACAGGUAGGGGACACAGCCGGCGAGGUAAUCACCGCCUCGUCCCACAAAGAUAUGAUGUUUAUUGGCGGGGAAGCCAUGAGUGCGUACUCCUCUGCAAUGAAGCUAAAGAGCGUCUACCGCACCUUGCUGCUUUUGAAUUCCCAAACGUUAUUGGUGGUGGAUCACAUCGAGAAACGGGAAGACUCCCCGGUGAACUUGGUCAGUGCCUUUUUUCAUAAUAUGGACAUUGAUUUUAAAUAUGUUCCGUUCACUUUCCGGGACCACUACAAUGGUGCCCUUAUGGACGUCUGGGACGCCCACUAUAAAAUGUUUUGGUUUGACAAUAGUGACAACAGCCCUGUCACUCGGAUCCAGGAGGCCGAGCAAGCAGCAGAAUAUAAGAAACGAUGGACGCAGUUUGUCAAUGUGACAUUUGCGAUGGAAAACUCAGUUACGAGAAUCGUUUACAUUUUCCAAGGGCCUUACAUUAAGUUAUCAGACUGUAGAUUUAUCGAUGACAGUAAACACGGCUUUAGGUUACUGGUAAAUGUUAAUAACAGUGAAAAAAUUGUGUCAGUUGUGACAAACUACCAGGACCCGGUGGCACGGUUUAGCUACCUUGGAUUUGGUGGGUACGCCAAAGUGGAAGACAAUCUUCAGGUAACGAGAUUCGGCAUAGGGACUGAAGUCAUCCCCCCCAAACAGGUGGUGCACAUGACCAUUUUUCACUUUGGAUUCACUGUGAAUCUAGUGGCCGGAAUGACUUUGUGUGUGGCCAUCGGAUUUUUGACCUUGCAAUGGAAGUUUUAUGCUUGCUUUAGUAAAUUUAUGCGCUUUGCUCUGAUCACAGUCAUCAUCCUGUGGAUUUUCGAACUCACUUUAGUUUCCAACACCUGUAGUCAGCCUCUUUGCGGGAUGAAGUGGAAACGCACAGAGACGGAUGGUGACACUCCAACACAAAGUAGGCAGUCUGACCAGCGGGCUUUAAUUUUGCCGACCGUCGUCAUUGUGGCACUCCCCGGGUCGGGAGCAGAAAUUCUGAAACACCUCUUUUUCAAUACUUCCAAUUUUCUUUAUAUGAGAGUCCCCACCGAGCAUCUAGACAUCCCCGAAACUGAGUUUGACCUGGACUCGUUUGUGGAUGCGUGCGAGUGGUCAGCCGCUGACGUUCACCAAGGGUAUUUCAAAAUUUUGCAAGGUUGGUUUCACUCGCUGGUCCAGACUACAAAAAUGCACUUACAGAAUAUCCAGCUGCAUGAAGAAAGCCGAAUACGGAUCUAUCAGAGAUUUAAUCUGAUCAAAGAUAAGAGAAGAAUACGUCGGAAGGAGCCACUGACCGAGCCAAAAAGCAGGAUGAAAGCAAACUUGGACAGGGAGGCAGAAUAUAUAAGGGAGCUGAGGAGACAUAUAGCGUCUUAUCCCAAUGCCCGUGUGGCUUUGAGCUUGAGCAGUGGCAGCUGGACUUUAAAACUCCCUUUCAUUCAAGACGUGAUCGGACCCUCUUUGAGAGCUUUAUACAUUGUAAGAGACCCUCGAGCCUGGAUAUACGUGAUGCUUUACAACAGCAAUCCCAGUUUGUACUCCUUGCAAAACAUUUCUCAGCACCUGUCUAUGAUGUUUAAGAAUGAAAGUGACCAGGGAAACUGUUAUCCAAAUUUAAGGUACGCCUUUGAGUACGAGUCCCUACGGCGGGCGCAGUCCAGUCCAGAACCAAGUGAUGUGCUCCUGCUGGCUCACUUGUGGCUCGCAAACACUGCUGCGGCGCUCCGAAUCAAUAGAGACUUGUUGUCAUUGAAUUAUUUGUUGGUGCGUUUCGAGGACAUUGUUAAUUUCCCCCAGGAAACUGCAGAGGGGAUCCACACGUUUUUAGGAAUCCCCUUAUCACCUGCUAUGUUAAAUCAGAUUCUUCUUGCCACCUCCACAAGUCUUUAUCAUCUUCUUUAUGAAGGGGACAUUUCUCCAGCGAGCAUAAACCUCUGGGAAAAAAACAUGUCCAAGAAGGACAUUCAGCUCAUUGAAGGAGUGUGUGGGGCUGUCAUGGACCAGCUGGGCUAUCCAAGGCUCACCAGUUAAAUGCUGCAGGUCGGCACUCUAUUGCACUAACCAAACUACAAAUAUAAUUAUAUAUAUAUAUAUUUUAUUGUACUGUCACAGUUAAAAAUGAGAAGACUUUUAAAAAUGAGUUUGUAUUGUGGGAAAAGUGUGCUGGGUGUGGAAAGUGGUGGGUCCAGUGAUUGUUUUACAUUUAGGGCAAGGAACAAAAAAAAAAAAAAUAAGACAGUUUUAUUUUAAGGGGAUUAAUAAAUUUUCAUAUGAGUUACUGGGAUUUAAUCAAAGGUUUGUUUCAAACAGUUGAAGGAGCAAAUGUUUACAUUUAUUAAGAGCAGCCCGAUCCUGAUUUGCCAAGUGGCUGCAACUGAAAUGUGAGUUUUGUUAAUCGUAUGAGUCACUGCAAAGUGCAUUUGGUACACAAAAAAAAAAAAGGUGGCAUUAUUUUUGUAAUUAUUAUUAUUUUCUUAUUUAGUUGUAAGGAUGUCAAUUUUAUAAGUUGACAUAUAUUGGGAAAUUAAGUCUGGUAGCAAAGCACAUGACCUGUUUUCAUAUGUAACAGAGGUGGGAUUUUUAAAUAAAACAAAUUAAAAACAACUAAAAUGGUUACUUUCU